AGUAGUUUGAUAUAUCUAGCUUGUGCUGAGUGAUGUCUGACUUGACCAGACCUGUUGACUUGCUUGCCGCCCUCAUGUUUCACCUUCUUCCAAUUCAUCUAUUCUAUUAUAUCUAUAUACACAAUACAUCUCUUCUCCUUUAUUCCUUUCUUCAAUGGACAAAGAUCAACUGAUGUACCCUAUCUCAUCUUCAUCUUCUCCUUCUCCUUCUUACUCUAAACUCCCUCAUCAUCUUCAUCACGUUGCAGAACAAAUGAAGCACCGCAGAUUUGCAUUUCAAACGAGGAGUCAGGUUGAUAUACUCGACGAUGGAUAUCGCUGGAGAAAGUAUGGCGAAAAGUCUGUCAAAAACAAUAAAUUUCCUAGAAGCUACUACAGAUGUUCUUAUCGAGGUUGCAAUGUGAAGAAACAAAUCCAACGACAUAGCAAAGACGAAGAGAUUGUGGUAACAACCUAUGAAGGGACACAUUCUCAUCCUGUGGAGAAGACAACUGAAAGUUUCGAGCAGAUUCUCAGAAACCAUCACAUAUAUAGCCUCACUCUAUAAUUACAGUAUCUCCAAAAAUGUUGGAAAAUAUGUAGUGGAUAACAUUUCAAUUUAUUUUCAGUUUUAACUUCUGAAUAACUUUCAUUCUUUAGACUAAGUUUAAAGAGAGAGAGGGAAAAAAA